AUGAUGUGGGAUUUCCGUGGUCGAAGCCAGGAGGACCUGCAGAAAGGUCGAGGACGAAGUAAAUCUCCUCAACCUCCACCAAUGAGGAUGCCCAGUCCAUCACAAGCGAAUUCUCAUAGCCCAAGCACCUAUAGCUAUGGUGUUAACCUGACCCCAUCUUACCAGGCCUCACCGACGUUUUACCCACCAGCGCGUUCAUGCUCACGAUCUCCUUCUCCGUAUUCGCCGCACAGGUCUCACGAUUACGGAGCAAUUCCUCGUAGCAUCCCAACCACCCAAAACGCUCAAUACAUUCAACCUACCGCCCAAAUCGUCCACGUUAUCCACCAUUCCUCACACCACCACCACCACUCUUCCUCCUCAAAGCACAAACACAAACCGCACCACCACCAUAACUAUUCGUACUCAUACACUCCCGCACCCUCGGCACCCAUUACACCGAUCACACCGUCGACGUCGUACUAUUCUGCACCGGUCAUCCCGAAGCCUCCGCGUGCGCCGUCGCCGCGGGUUCACUUCCCCACACCGUCGCAGAUUGCGACGUCAGAGCCUUCGAUGCUGCAUGUACCGCCAAGGGGCCGGGUACACUCACAGCCGACGAUGCCUACGUCAGUACACAGACCGGCUGCAGCACCUGUGCAAAGGCCGGUGCAGCAGACCUCCGCCGGCGGACUUAACCCGCAAUUUCAGUACUCAAAAUGUACAGGCAGGAAGAAAGCGCUCUGUAUUGGUAUCAAUUAUAGGGGUCAGCCGAAUGAGCUCCGGGGAUGUAUAAACGAUGCUAAAAAUGUUCGGAACUUCUUGAUUCGUUAG